AUGGGAGAGAUUGAAGAGGAUUUAUCAAGAAGGCACUGUUCUACUAGCAGAGGGGAUGGAGAAAGCUGUCAAGCUGAACAGCAGGAUGAGUCAUCUGAAUCGACUACUACCACUGUAGAUAACGUACAAAACUCAAAGCAGUGUUGUACUGUGGAAGAAUCUUAUACCUAUCUCAUACCCAAAGAAAAUGAGCAAAAAGAUGAUGGACAGGGUGAGAUAAUGGAGGAGGAACAUACAGAAGACUCCAGCUUAUUUAGCCAUAAAUCACCAGAGUUAUUAAAACAGCAGGGAUCUGCAGAAGCAUAUGGGAAGCCAAGAUAUGAAUUAGGAAAUUUUAGCAAGGAUGAAAUGAUGUUAGCAAGUGAGGAAUCUGAAAGUAGCAGAAGUAGACACUGUCCUCAGGUCCUGCACCUGGUUGAAGAAGCAGAACUGGAAAAAAACAUUCAAGGACAGAAAAUGAACCAGCUUGUGGCUGACCAAAAAGGGGAUGGCAAUGGCACAAGUGAAGAAGAGAAGUCAUUGUCUGAGAAAGAAGAGCCACAGACAAGCAAUAGUCAACAAGAAGGAGAGGAGAGUGACAAAGAAGAGUAUGAAGGUGGAGAAGGGAAUGAAGAAGACAGUGAACCUGAAGAAUCUGAAGAGGAUGAUGAAAGAGAACAAAUGGAAGAGGAUGAGUCAGAAAAUCAAGAUAAGGAGGAAGAGGAAGAAGAAGGGGGUGGUUGUGGACAAGAGAACAAUAGAAAAAAGGAUGGAGAUAAAGAGGAUGAUCAAUCAGAACAGAGUAAGAACACAGACUCAGAGGAUGAAAUUGUUAUACGGCCACAAACCAGGUACUAA